CUUACUGGGACUGCAUAGAACGAUACUCCAAGCCCAUAAUCAACAUAAAUCGGUAUCAUUAACUAAAGGCGCUCAUUGUUGGGCUACUAAAUACAAAAUCUCAAUACCGAUACAAUGGACAAAGGUAUUUCCAUUUUCCUUAUUAUUAACAGCCAGCAUAUAAAUCCUGUUCGCUGGAAAUAUAUCGGCGUGACUACUUACUUUCUUACAUUUGAUAAACGGCUGCGGAUAACAAAAACGAGAGCACUACAACAAUUACCUCGUGAAAGGCGCCUCGCAAUCAUACUUUGGAAAGUAGUCUACUCGCUGACCUUACGAAUUCACGGGUAUCACACAAUAAAAGCGAAUGCGGUGAAAAUCACGCCAAUCAGCCGUAACCACCUAUUUUGUUGACUUUGAUUGUGUCAAACCAGUUGUUUUGGUUUAGAUAACAUUCUGAAAGCCGUUUUAUUUUCAAUGGCAUGUAAUAAAUUGAAUUCGGAAAAGUUUUUGUACUUCUCGUUUUGUUGCGUUCUUUUCUCCGCAUCCGUCCCAAGCUUGCAAAGUUGUUUAUCCACUCCUCAGUUCACAGAGUUGCCUGGAGAAAACGGAUUAUUAUAGUGUUCUCUGAUAUUAUCAAUAUUCUUGGCGAUGAGACCUUUGGAAUCAAAUUGUCUCGUCUUCAAGAUGCACAAUGACCUUACGUUGGUGCAGCCUCUCUAGACGUAAUAGUUCCGAGGGCAUAGUACAAUGAACUGAGACUGCUUGGCAAAAAGGAAAGCCAUAUCACAAUGUUAAACGACGAUGAUAUAUGCAUCUAUGUUACCUAAACCAGUUACAUAAAAACCAUGUUAAGAUUUUCAAAUGAUAGCAAAGUUCAUGAUUAUGUAACACCAACCUUUAAAUCUGCGACUUUAAGUUGAUAGUAGGUUCUAGAAUGGUUUUAGGUAGCUGGCUCUAAACUUCUAAAAUAAGAAACAACUGACGUCCUUUUUUCUGUUCGGCAAUGUCAACGAGUCUCCGUACACUUUAAUUAGAAGAGUGAUUUGUUUAUAUAUCCUUAUCAUGACUAAGCAUCAGUUACUUGUUGACUGCUUCUAAUAUCUUGUUUAAUUUGGCGUGCAGUAUUAGGCAACACGUCAUUGUCUCAGUCCCAUUGUCCGCGGCCCUCGCCACCGACAUUGAACUUCAGCCGUCAAGUAGACCAGUAAUCGCAGCCAUGGUCAAUUACAAAACCUAUUCAUCACUAAUAGGGUCACGGAACAGUCUUUCAGGCGAGUGUGUAGUGGUUUCUAGAUUUUAUUCAUUUUCAAUUCACACCUUGACAUUAUUCGGUUAUUUAAUAGUUUUUUCGAUUGUAUGUACAAAGUUUCUGUUUGGUUCUGUUCAUGAUAUCGGGAAUUGUAACUUGCUUUAAAUCUGAUCUAGUUAUGUCUGAGACUAUUUUCUCAUUUUAUAAUUUUCUACGAUUAAUAUCUCACUCCACCUUGACAGUUGCAUUAUUUAUAAAGCGACCUCAUCUUAUCUGUUCCUUGUGGUUUACAUUGAAAUUCUUAUAGUGACUUUGCUCUAGUUUAUAUCAUUCGCAGCAAUCGAUACUUCAUAGUCCCACUUACAAUUACGAUGUAGCUUCCUACUCAGUGGCACGGAUGGCCUUAUAAGUGACAAUGUCCUCAUGGUACAUCGACAACCUUAGCCUCAUAAGUUGUUAUUAUGUCACGAUAUAUAGUUAGCUAAUGCUGGCGACAAACAACGCUAUCAGUUUCGUCAUAUGAUUACAUGAGUGGGUCAAUAGAGGGAAAGUAAGUAGGCACAUCAUUGUGCAUUCCUCUCUCGACUACAUGCAGUCGUGUAGGCAUGCUAUUCGUACUAGCGCGAGAGAUACCCUUUUUGGUAAAUGACACAGUUCUGCUGCAUAAGGCAACGGGUAUUUCCAAUUUGGAAUUUUGUUAAAACCAAAUUAUUGACCAUUUUGGUAAGGUUACGAAAGCCUGCGGACUUUGGAGUAGCCAAAUCUCCAAAUAGAUCUUUGGCAUAAGGCGAGUAUUCAAUUAUGUUUCUAGGUCUUGAUUUCUUUUCCAAAUUAAAUACUUAUACCACUGUAAGGUAUAAUUUAUUCAGACAGACAUUCAAAUACAUUCGUCAGAACUAACGAUUUCCUAAUGUACUUCAAAUUACCUGCCAUCGCGAGUCGUGAGAUCGGCGAAAGUUUAAGUGCGUCUGAAAUUAAAAUGGAAUAAAAAAAGGAUAAUAACGUACCGGAACAUGGCUGUUAAGAUUGUGAAAGCAACAUUGACAUUAGUCGCCAAUUAACAUCGGCGAUUGCGUAACUAUGGCGUGCCAGCCAUCCGCGAAAGUAAACCGCGCUACGAGCAUUAAAAUGGUAAACAAAACUUAUGUAAGUGCAUUUCCGACGGAACAAUCUGAUACCAGUUUUAUUAUUAUGUAAUGUGCACAAAAGUCAACAUUAAUUUACAUGAUCUUUACGAAAUUUAGCACGAUUACCUACUUCCGACUGCAGUGACGCGCAACGAUGAUAGAUGGUUAAAAGCUUAGCAUGUUACAACGUAACGUCAUGCUAUAUUGUGAGCGUCAUAGGUUGAGUAGAAUGUGUUAUAAUCGCAUCGUCGACUACUUAGCUCGUUACAUUAGCUUCUUUUGCCAUCAUUGCUAUUUACGUAGACAUGUCAACAGUUGUCAGGAACUUAUAGGUACGGGUGUCAUCAGGUAACAGGACGCAGCGGUUCCUGUUCGACGCCAUAUUUGGGCUGGAGGUACCGAUCCUGGAGGAGCAGAGCGUCGAAGAUGAAGAGGAGGACAACCAGAUCAAAAACUGCUCCUGUGAGUGCGGCAGGGCAAACCCACUCCCUAGAAAGAUGGAGUGUGGCGGGUCCAAUCAGGAGAACCGCAUCGUCGGCGGGAUGCCGGCGGGCGCCAACCGGUACCCGUGGAUGGCCAGGAUCGUGUACGACGGACAGUUCCACUGCGGAGCCUCACUCCUCACCAAGGAGUAUGUGCUCACCGCUGCUCACUGCGUCAGGAAAUUAAAACGCUCAAAGAUCCGCGUGAUCCUAGGCGACCACGACCAGACGAUCACGACCGAGAGUGCGGCCAUCAUGCGCGCAGUGACCGCCAUCGUACGACACCGCAGCUUCGACCCUGACUCCUACAACAACGACAUCGCACUCCUCAAGCUGCGCAAGCCUGUUAACUUCUCCAGGAUCAUCAAGCCUGUGUGUUUGCCGCCUUCUGGCAUAGAUCCAUCGGGCAAGGAAGGCGUGGUGGUGGGCUGGGGCAGAACAUCGGAGGGAGGACAGCUGCCUGCCAUCGUGCAGGAGGUACGGGUGCCGAUCCUCUCGCUCAACCAGUGCCGGGGGAUGAAGUAUAGGGCCUCACGUAUUACUAACAACAUGUUAUGUGCUGGCCGAGCAUCUACAGAUUCGUGUCAGGGCGACAGCGGUGGUCCCCUGCUCCUGCAACAGGGAGAUAAAUUCCAAAUUGUUGGUAUCGUAUCAUGGGGAGUGGGAUGCGGUCGACCCGGCUACCCGGGAGUAUACACAAGGAUCACUCGAUAUUUACCCUGGCUUAGAGCUAACUUACGAGACACCUGUCUUUGCGGCAACUAAUAUUAAUGUCACAAGAAAAAGAACACGCUGAACAAUGUCCUUUUACAAGAAUACAAAUCGAACAACUUAUAUUUCCGAAUUAUUAGGCAGCAUAUUUUUAAUUUAUUGAGCACGCAAAUAAUGAUAAGUUCUUAAUUGUUUAGGAAUGUUUAUUGUACAUACACAAAUCGACAUUUAAUUUUUAAGCUAGACUAACGUUAUUUUAUUAAUGCUAUUUGUACAUAUUGUACCUACCUAUUAAUAAUAAUUUAAGUGCCAAGUUAGACAUAUUAUAAUUAUGUUCAAAUGUAAUGAGUACCUAACAUUCAUUAAUAAAUAUAAUUUAGUGUCAACAAGAGCCAAAUCUGAAAUAAUACUCUUAGUUUAGAAGUUCCAUAUAGAUGUUACAAGAUUUUAGAUACGAUAGAAUAGUUUCGAUAUCAAAACUUUUUGCUGUCAUAAUAAUCAUAUAGGCACUUGUUAUUCACAAUGAAAAAGCAAAAUUCAUAUUUAAAAAUAGAAUUGUAACAAAUAAUGGACUCAUGUAAUUUAAUUCUCAUUGUAAAAAUGAGGAUUAUAUUUCAUGAUUGAUAUUAGAUUGCCAGUAGGCUGUUGCAAAUUAGAGAAAACAAUGUCAUGCAAUUGAGUCCUUGGUCUCAAUUGAUUCUGAGAAUAUUAGGACCCCCGUAAUAAGUAGGUAUUUCAAAAUACCAUUCUCAUCUAAAAAUACCUUUGUUUCAUGUUCUUUAGUCUAUAAUGAUUUCUCUAUAAGUUAGAACUUUUUUUUACCUACUAUCGCUAAACUUAGUACCCAUGUUCAGUUAAUAAUGGCUCUCAUCCUUAAUCAUUUAUUAACAAACCAUUUUCCGUUUUCAUUAGGCUUUAAACUUAUGUUAAAAAAAUUGAUAUUUAAUGCAUCGCGUGCCAAACGUAAGUGUAUUAAAGUAUCGCAUUUUGUGACAAAGUCAUGAUAUUUAUUAACACAAUUUAGAAUUACUUUAAGGCCCAAAUACAUCGGCAACCUAAACUUCAGUUUUCUUAAAACAACUGUUUACUAUAAAGGAGAUGGCCAAAAAAACACCCAGAAUCGACAGGAACUUCAUAUGUAUGAUUGGAUUCAGUAUAAUUUGUGGAUUUUAAAAAGUACUUUAAAUCAUCUAAAAACCGUGGGGUUCUCUUUUUAUAACGUUUUUUCGAUCAAGAUUUUAGUUCACAAAAAAGUUUACUUUUACUAUUUGAUGUUCGUUAGAAGUUGAAUGCAGACUCGUGAUUGGACCGUUUUACAUUGCUAAGUCAUUUGUUAUAUUUGACAAUGUCACAUGGCGAGAUUUUCAAAGACAAUUUCUCCAAAAACAUUUCAUAGCCAGUUGUGAAGGUUGCAUGUAACUGCGAAACCUCUCCAAGUAGGUAAGGUCGGUGCUUAAUCGUAUCUGGAGUGGUUAAAUACAAGACCUUUUAAUCUCCAGGCAAACUCUGUAACUAUGGGGAUAUUAAAAUUGGCUUGUAUAAUGUUAGUGUACCUUGUUUUUUAUGUGCCUUGAUGUAAAUAAUCUUAUAAAUCAACAUAAAUUCAACAUAACUUAUUUUUUGUGAAAAUAUGAUAUAGCUCCUAUACCCCAUGGAUUUCAGGCUGGAUUUUUUGGCACCAUCAAAGGUCAAUAAUAAUGAACCCAUUGGUACCCAUUUCGUUGCUGUCGAUUCUGGGUUUUUUUUCUAUGAAAAUUUGGCCAUCUCCUUUUCACGUUCAGUUUUCAAAGCAGUAAGCAUUUGUUUUAAGAUAAACUGGCGUUUAUGUUGUAGGUGAAAAGGGACCUAAAUUACCUUGUUUUAGUAAUUAUAAGUUAAAUUACUUCGGACAGGCCGGUGGUGCAGAUUACCAUUAGAAAUUAAGAAGAUAUUGCUUUAGUGUUGUACUUUGUUUGUACAUAGUGUUACUUAAUCUAUUUGUUAUUAAUAAUUUUAGUUUUUUGUAUCGAAUAUUCUUUUUACGUGUUAUGUCCUAAAGUCUA